CUGCUAGAUCUGCUUUUUUUGAGGUUUCAUGAAGAGGUGUUUACGUGUGGUGUACGUACAGGGUAUUUUAUUUUUAAAUGCCUGUUAUCAAUAUGGCGAUUCACAAAACUUCAUUAAAAAACAAAUGUUUUAAGGUCGAAUUAGCCAGAGAAUUGGAUUUCAUCAAGAAUGUUUUAUCUUUUAUAAAUAUACCAUCAAGAGUUGAUAAUGAUGACAAUGCAGACUAUGAAAUGGUCAAUGAUUCUCAACAAGACAUGAAUGACAACAAAUUGGCAAAACGGGCACAAAACAUUGCAGAAUUAGAAGAAAAACUGCAAAAGAUUAAGUCCCAAAAUAAAUUUACAUUGAAAAAUAAAUUAGUUAAAAAGAGUUUAAGUAGUAAACUCCACAAAAAGAUUAAGAAAACAGAGAGAACAAAGAAAGUCCAAGUGAAACCAUUUACAGAUGUGCAGAAACCUAAAAAGUUAGAAAUUGAAAACAAGAAUAAAGUGAAUGUAGCAAAACCAGUUUUCAAUAAUGAUGGCAAAUUAGUGUUUUCUAAAUUUGAUUUUGCCAAUGAUAAUCGAAAAGAAAGACAUAAAACCAGAGAGAAUGACCCCAGAAAGUUGUUGGAUGAUUUGCAACAACAGCAAGAAAAAAUACGCCAUUUAGAAGAAACUGAGAGUAGUAAAGCUAAGGAGAUUAAAGAAAAAGUUGCAUGGAAGACUGUAUUGCAGAAAGCUGAAGGACAAAAAGUGAAAGAUGAUCCCACUUUGUUGAAGAAAUCUAUCAAACGCAUGGAGCAACAAAAGAAACAAAGUAAAAAGCAGUGGGAAAACAGGAUCAAGUCUGUUGAGCAGAAGAAAGAUGAACGACAGAAAAAGAGGAAGGAGAACAUUGGUAAAAAGAAGAAGGAAAAGAAGGCAAAAAUUGUCAAAGCAGCAGCCAAAAGAGGGCGUGUUGUUAUUUAAAACAUGUAUUUUUACUAUGAUAAUAAAUGACAUGAAGUUCUAACAUAAA